AUGGCUCCUUCAAUCAACGACGUGCCUGUUGGCCAAACAACCCUGCCGUCCGCUUGUAAUGUCGGCAUCAACGGCUUUGGUCGUAUUGGUCGCAAUGUACUCCGUGCUGCUCUCGUCCGAUCUGAUAUCCAGGUUGUUGCGAUCAACCACACUUGCGUCACCGUCGAAGACCUCGUCUAUCUUAUCCGCUAUGAUUCCUCAAUGGGCAACCUGGACGACCGAGUCGACAUCCAGAUUGUGUCAGAUGCUUUGAUCACCAUCGAUGGGAAGCGGAUUGCUCUUACAUCUGAGCGUGACUUGAAGAAGCUCAACUGGGCCUCCGUGGGAGCUGACUACGUCCUCGAAUGCACCGGAAAGUUCACAAAGCGAGACCUUGCCAUGGAACACAUCACCCAUGGUAACGCCAAGCGUGUGCUCAUUUCCGCACCUAGCUCAGACGCACCUACUUUUGUCUAUGGUGUGAACUCCGAUGAUUAUAAGUCCAGCGAAGAAUGCCGUGUUGUUUCCAACGCCAGCUGCACAACCAACUGUGUUACUCCUGUUUUGAAGGUUCUUCAAGAGUCAUUUGGCAUUACUCAGGGCUUCUUGACCACAAUUCACGCCGCUACCCGAUCUCAGCAGGUCCUGGAUGGGUACAGCAAGAAGAACGCUCGUCUUGGACGUGGCGUUUUCAACAAUAUUAUUCCCACCACCACCGGUGCCGCCAAGGCCGUCGCAUCUGUCUUGCCCGAGUUGAAAGGAAAGGUCACUGGUGUCUCCAUUCGUGUUCCUACACCCAACGUCUCCAUGAUUGAUCUCACAGUCAGCACCGAAAAGCCCACUUCUCUUGCCGAAAUUAUCUCCACGUUCCGUGUGGCUGCAAAGUCCGAUAUGGCUGGCGUCCUUCGAGUCACGGACGAGCAAUUGGUUAGCAGUGAUUACAACGGCAGCCCUUAUAGCGCUAUCAUUGAUGCUCCCGCAUGUGCAGAGCUCAACCCUCAGUUCUUUAAGAUCAUGGCAUGGUAUGACAAUGAAUGGGGAUACUCGAACCGACUUCUUGAUUUGACGAAUUUGGUGCAUGCCCGGGAGGCUAAUUAG